AUGUCUGGUGAACUGCCUCAGCAGAGAAUUAGAAGCCAAUAUGCAUUUUUCCUUGUUGAUGUCAGGAGUUUCUCUCCCAGUCGAGAGGUUCAGAUGGGGCAUAUCUGGCGCUCGGUAAUUGGUCAAGUGCGACAUCCGUCACGCAUUAUCCGCCCGAAGGUUCCAUGUGACGAUGACUAUACAAUGACUCUGCGCCAAGGUGUUACCCAAGCGUUGCGACCCCCUCCCAUCUUAGAAAAAGGCAAUCGCGUUCAAGUCUUUUGCGUGGUGCUCAAUCCUGACUCGAUCUUGAUUCGGUGCGCAUAA